AUGCUCCAGCCUCAGAGGGACGAUGGUGGAGGGCUGGUAAAGAUGGCGGCGCUCUCCGAGGAUGGGAGGUACGGAUUAAAUUGUGGCCAACAGAGCGCAGACAGAGUCACCGUUUUGCACGUCAAAUUGACCGAGACAGCACUGAGAGCGAUAGAGAGCUACCAAAAUUGUAUGAAUGUAUCUUAUUUGCGGCCAACAAUACAAUUCAAGGGACUCCAAGGCCGCAUUAAAAUUCCCAAGACCAAUUCCUCGUCAGACUCCUUCAACAAUUUUGAUUUCUACCUGUCUAAUGUGGGCAAGGACAACCCUCAGGGAAGCUUUGAGUGCAUCCAUCAGUAUGUGUCAAGCUCAGGGGCCUCACACCUGGCAUUGUUGGCGACAGUGCAGGACAAGGUCACAGUGUGCGCCACUAAUGACUCCUACCAGGUGACCCGGGAACGCAUGACCCAGGCCGCGGAGGACACACGUGAACGUGGGACCAAAGUCAUCAAGCCUGGGGGCCAGUACAGAGGAAAGCAAGUCCAUGUCCGUAAGCCUGCGCUGUCAACCCCAGAGGUGGUCCCAGAGCGCAAGCGCUCCACACCCAUCAACCCAGCCAACACUAUUCGUAAGUGCCUUUCCAAUAACCCCGUGUCUCAGCGGCCGUUCCGGGACCGUAUCAUCCACCUGCUGGCGCUGAGGUCCUACAAGAAGCUGGAAGUGCUUGCCCGUUUGCAGCGGGACGGUAUCAACCAGAAGGACCGAAACUCACUGGGGACUACUUUGCAACAGGUAGCAAACCUCAACCCCAAAGACAACACAUACUCAUUGAAGGACUUUAUUUAUCGUGAUGUUCAGCGAGACUGGCCUGGCUACUCUGAAGAUGAGAAGUCCCAGGUUGACCGGAUCCUGGCUCGCAAAUUAGGUCUUCCUACUGAGACACACUCAACAAGCAGUCCUCCCAAAGACAGUGUCCCCACAUCCCCCCAGAAGCGCCAACCAGACUUUGAUUUCAUUGAUCCACUGGCGCCCAAGAAAGCCCGCAUCUCGCACCUCAGCAAUCGAGGGCCAGCCGCAUCUUCAUCCUCCGCCUCCUCCUCUGACCGCCAUGAGGACGAGGGCAGCCCCAGCUCUAAACGCUCGUCCCUACCCUCCAACGUCACCUCGGGCCCUCCCACCCAUCUCCCCAUUUCUUCCCACCCUCCUGCACCCUCUCACCAGCAGCCCAGCCCGGCCUCCAACUCCAACUCACCCAGCACCCCGGAGGGCUGUGGCACCCAGGACCUGCCCAUGGACCAGAGUUCCUCCUGCAGAGACCCUUCACCCGGCUCCUUCUCCUCCGAUAGGAACCUGCAGGACCGCUUUCGGCACCCACUCCCAAUUCCCAGACCAGCUUCCUCCCCCAGCCCCCCUCCUCGUACUUCACUCACAGUUACCUCUACUGUCAUCACCAGCCUUCCUUCGUCCAGCAGUAGCAACAAGAAGGUCAAAAAGAAAUCCAAGAAGCACAAAGAUAAAGAUAGAGAGAAGGAGAAAGGGAAACAGCCUGAAAGAGGCAGCAGUAGUCCUCCUGGUGUGGCAGAGCAGGCUGAGGAGAGUCGGAAAGCCAAAAAGAGGCGCAGUGCUGAGGAAGAGAAGAGAGACGUUAUCGACAAAAAUCACACUCACAGAGAUCAAGACUCUUCAGACAAAGAGAAGCCAGUCCAGUCCACUGAAUUCUCCUCCACUAUGGAGAUGCCCGACUAUGUAGUGAAGUACACGCCAUUGGUGUCCAUGGACCAGCGGCAAAGCUACAAGGAUGACUUUAACGCAGAGUACGAUGAGUACCGCCUGCUGCACGCCCGCGUGGAGAGCAUCACCCGCCGCUUUACCCAGCUGGAUGCCCAGUGCCGGAAGCUGGCACCUGGCACCAGAGAGUACCAGAAAGUGCAAGAAGAAGUCUUGAAAGAGUACAAAAAGAUGAAACAACACAGCCCCAACUACCAUGAGGAGAAACAGCGCUGCGAGUACCUGCACAACAAGUUGGCCCACAUCAAGCGGCUGAUAGCUGAUUUUGACCAGCGCAGAGCCCAGUCCUGGUGCUGAGAGCACAGCACACAACAUCUUCACUGAUCAGUAUUGAGAAUGGAGUGUCGAACCAAGGGGGGGUGUCCAAGCGGCUCUUAUUUAUUAACACCCCUUCAGUUACUGCCUCCACAACGCCCCCCCCUCCCUCCCUCCCUUCCUUUCCCUCCUUCCUUUCACCCUUCUCCCUUCAUCCUUCUUCAUUCCUUCCUUCUUUCACGAUCAUUUGAUUCCAUGAGGCUUCACUGUUGCCUGCAAUCUUGAAAAUCUCACUUUGACUUUCACCCCCCCACACCCCCCAAAUCUUUCGCUUUUUCAAUGAGCUCCUGUGGAAUUUCAUACCACUGGACCAGUGGAAGGAGCUGCCUGCAUGUGUGAAGGGGUUUGGGGAAAAAAAAAACUUCAACUCUUCUAACUUUUGAAGGACUUAUCUUGAGGCAAAAAAAGAACAAAAAAAAGUAUUUUUGAGCAUCAGAGAAGAUAUUAACAUGUAUUUAAGUAAACAAAAAAGAAAAAAAAAAGAGGGAGAUUAUUUAUUUUGGGACUCGUAGUGCAAAACAAGAGUCCGCAGAUGAUAUAUUGUUUAAAUUUUCUUGAAAACAAUGCAAAAAAAAUUGAAAGCGGCCUUAUGUGUUUUGAUUUUGUGAAGCCAUUUUGCACGCAAGAUCCAUUAUGUCAUCUCAUUUGGCAAAGAUGUCUCUCCCGGCUCAUUUCCUCUCUUUUCAUGCGCAACUGUACUGGAUAACACUGCUUUAACAUGAAUUGCUGAGUUUGAGGCUGAAGAGGAAGGAAAUGAGACAGGAAUGAGAAAUCACUUGAGCCAACUGAGACGCAACAACAGUAUGUGUGCAUGGAUUUGUAAACUUAGUUGUAAAGACCACGUGGGGUGGUUAGGGUGUGGUGAAUUCAUGGAGUAUGAUCCCCUGUCAGUGGGGGGGCAGUAUUCCCUGCACCAAGUGUUUAAUGUUCACGGUGCAUUAUGGGUGCCUUAAGGUGUUUACACUCGGAUAUGUCGAGUUGGGCCUAACCCUAGGGGCCACAGACUACACAAAGGAACUACAACUGCCUGGAAACAGGUUGUGUGUGUGAGUGUGUGUGCGUAUGAGUGUGUGUGCAUGUCUGAGUGUUGGAGGAAGGAAGGGAUGUUCAGUCUGGAAGGAGUGUUACAAACUGUAUGCGUGUGUGUUUGUAUGGCUGUGAGUGACCGGUGAAAGAAAAAAAAAAAACAAAUGUGGGGGGAAAAAAAGUGAGAAAUAUAAACAAAAAACAACAAAAAAAGCUGCUAUAGUGUUUGACCAGCCAGAGCACUCAGGAUCAACCUGGCUGGAGUAACAGUACCUGAUCUUUAAUUGAAGAGAUGUAGAAGAUCCUUAUUUUUUUUCCAGAUUGGUUCAUCUCUAGACCCUGGAAAGGACUGCGCCCACCUCUUCAGCUUUAUCCUGCGGCAAACAGUCUGUGUUUCUGUUUUAGAAAGAAGCAAAAACUCGCCAUCCACCAGAGGACUAAUCUGUAUGGCAAUGUUAAAUGUAUUUGGCUCUCAGUUUUUUGAGUUCUGCAGAUCAGUGAGAGAUUGUUUUCUUUCUCUUUUUUUUUUUUUUUUGUCAACAUUGAUACAGAUUUAGUUUGAUGGAUGGAUGAAUGGCUUCUAUAUAAAAUCUUUAUUUCAACAAGGGAAAAUUUGUUUACAAACCUGUGUUAGAAUGUUUGCCAAAAAAUUAAAGAUUUUUCUGGUACAGCAUCCGUGGAGUAAAAUUUCUGAUUGGGGCUUCAUUUUAGGAGACAUUAAUACAGGAAUAUGUGUUUCAUUCACUGAACAAGUACAACACCCUGAUGUCUGGGGAUGUGAAGAGGAACUUAGUCACUGUGCCCCGAGAAAUAUCUACAAACUAAAGGGAGCUGAUACCACUUUUGUAGUGGUCAGCCCCCUUUUUGCAGUCUAGUAUAACUAUAUUCAGCUAGUGUGGACAUGUGAGAGACUGUGUCCUGUAUUGGGGAAAAAAAAGUGGCCCCCUCCCCCCCUAAAAAAAAACAAACAAAAAAAAACAGAUUCAAGUUAAUAUUCACUAAGUUUAUUUCACAUAUGUUUUGGUUGCGGCAUUCUGUCAUACAGUCAGUCUCUGCAGUAGACUGGCUGUUCUGGUCAGCUGUCAGAAUCAACUUAAUUACAAACCCAGUUUAACUUGUUUGUUGUUGCUCAAGUUAUUUUGGUCAGAAAAUCAGCACUUGUGUCUUGGAGGUGUCACAACAGCAGAUUUAAAAAGAAAAAAAAAGUCCACAGGAUUUACGCUUACUGUGGCUGUGAAGUACAGGGUCAGUGUUUUGGUUUAUUUGUCCUGUUUUCACCUUGCAAUGGUCAUUUCCCAGAAUUUGGGGUCACCCCGACAAAUUUACAUUGGAGGCCAGUGUUUUACAGGUGCUGUCCGUCACCUGUGUCCUCCUCUCUGCCUGCCAAAGAUUUCUGUCAAAAACAGAGUUACUCAAAUUAGGUCUGAAGAACAUGAAUUGGCCUAAUGUAACUCACUGUAGUGGAAGGAAAGGGAGAGGAGAGUUGAUAAAGAGUCUUAAUGAGGAAGUGACAAAGUAAAAAAUAAUUUUACAAAAUGCCCCUGGCACUGUUCAGAUGUGAGAAACCACUGAAAAUCAAGUGACUUUUGAGUGAAAUCUGAUCCUUCCCAGCUGAAAAUGUGCAAAACAUUUCAAUAAACAAAAAAAUCACAAGUUUUACCUGGAAAA